AAUCGGCGCCGGCUUGUCUCGGCGUUCCGGGCUCGAACGCGGCGCGGUCUGACAGGAGCGGCGGCCCCGGCCGGCCCGGGCUGGCAUGGGUUGGAAUUGGAGCCUAUCUCCCAUCCCGAAGGCUAUCAGCAUCAUGUGGUUACUAACUGUUCCUCAUUCACCGGUUGAUGCCUCCCAGAAAAAAACGCCGCCAGCCUUCCCAGAAAGCCCAGCUGCUGUUCCACCAACAACCACUGGAGGGCCCCAAACACGGCUAUGCAUCUCCACAGCUCCCCAUCACUCACACUCGACAAGUGCCCAGCAAGCCCAUUGACCACAGCACCAUCACUUCAUGGGUAUCACCUGAUUUUGAUACAACAGCAGGAAGUUUGUUCCCAGCCUACCAGAAACACCACCACCAAGACCGGGUGAGACAUUUAAGUCGAAAAUCUACCACUUCCAAGUUUCCACAUCUAACUUUUGAGAGUCCACAGUCUUCCAGUUCAGAAGCAUUGGGGAUCCCCUUAAUCAGGAAGUGCCUCAAUCAAUCAGAAAAGGAUGUUUCCAGAAGACCCUUAGUUCCAGUGCUCAGUCCCCAAAGCUGUGGGGACAUGUCAGCUCAGGCACUUCAGAGCUUCCCUUAUGUGUUCAUUCCACCUGAUAUCCAGACCCCAGAGUUAUCGUCUAUGAAGGAAGAGCUCAUUCCCCCAGAUCAGAAGGAAAACAAUCUUUCAAGCUGCUCUCUUCACACUGGCACUCCCAGUAGCCCAGAGCCUGGACCUGUUCUGGUUAAAGACACCCCUGAGGACAAGUAUGGAAUAAAGGUCACGUGGAGGAGACGAAAGCACCUGUUUGCUUACCUCAGAGAGAGAGGGAAACUGAGCAGAAGCCAAUUCUUUGUGAAAAGCUGACUGCCAUCAGCAAUCUCAAUAGAAAGGAGAUAUGUUUUCUGGAGUCAUAAGGAAAUUCAAUUCUCAGAAUUUUUUUUUUUGAGAUACUGUAUUUCACUGUUACCCAGGCUGGAGUGCAGUGGUGAGAUCUCACUGCAACCUCCACUUCCCAGGUUCAAGAAUUUUCCUAUUUUAGCCUCUCCCAUAGUUGGGAUUAUAGGCGCCUCAUGCCUGGCUAAUUUUUUAAAAUAUUUUUAGUAGAGACAGGGUUUCACCAUGUUGGCCAGGCUGGUCUCAAACUCCUGACCUCAAGUGAUCUGCCUGCCU